AUGCCCACCGUUCUUCUCGCGACCGCGUGGGUUGACAUACACACUUCUGAAGGAAGAUGUUUUAAGGUCCGCGCUUUAUUAGAUCAAGGGUCUAAUUUUAGCUUUAUUUCCGAAGCAUUGAGUCAAACGCUUCGCACUAAACGACAGAGGACCGAUCUUCAAAUAAAAGGUUUCGGGGAGAAAUAUGCCGGUUCUGCGCGAUCGAGAGUUUCGCUAAAUUUGACGCCGUGCGAAAAAUUGAAUCCUGUUUUUCCGGUCACUGCGUAUGUAUUCCCGCGAAUAACUUCGUACGCCACGUCGCGAAUUCGGCCUAUAGAAUCAUGGCCUCAUUUACAGGGCCUUUCACUAGCAUAUCCGGAUCCAUCUAGUCGACAUCAGAUUCACAUGCUGAUCGGCGCGGACGUGUACGGUUCGCUCUUAUUGCGCGACCUGAGACAGGGUCCCUAUGGAGCGCCCACUGCCCAAUCGACCUCGUUCGGUUGGAUAAUCUCUGGACCGACCGGAAGUAAAGAAACUACUUCACAAGAAGUAACUGUUUUGAAUUGCGUAUCCGCGCUGGAUGUGGACUCUCUCCUCCAGAAAUUCUGGGAGGACAAAGAGAUUCCCACGCCAACUUCCCUCACGGAGGAGGAAGAAAAAUGCGAAUCUCAUUUCGCUCAAACGCACAGUCGUGAUCCUGACGGUCGUUAUGUCGUGAGAUUACUUUUCAAAAAUGCUUUGCCGAUCGAUAUCGGGGAAUCUCUCUCCAUAGCGCGUACAUUGUACGGUCGUCUGGAAAAUAAAUUGAAUUCAAAAUCCGAUCUCUGUUCGCUAUACAGAGACUUUCUUACAGAAUACGAGGCCCUUGGACAUAUGACUCGCGUUGGCGAGUCCGAACCCACUGAGAAUAUACCGAUUUAUAUUCCCCAUUAUCCAGUAAUAAGAGAGGAUAGUUGCACCACAAAGCUUCGAGUCGUAUUUAACGCGUCGUGUAAAACCCGGAAUGGCACGUCACUUAACGACCAUUUGCUCAUCGGGCCAAAGUUGCAGCAGGAUCUCCCUGCCGUCUUAUUGCGUUGGCGUGCAUGGCGCUUGGUUUAUACGGCAGACAUCGCCAGAUGUUUCGACAAAUACGCGUACAUCCGCGAGACGUCGAUUACCAAAGAAUCCUGUGACGUCCGACGGAUGACGCUCCGCUUACUCAUUUUCGCCUUCUUACAGGGUUUGUCCGGAAAGUAA